UAUAAGGGACGUUAGUAUGUCUAGAUCUGCUCAAAGAGACAGAGUCUUUUCUCCAGAGCUUGUUUUCAAAGCGAAUGGACCAAACAAAUGUUACAGGACUAAUUUGGCUAAAGAGAAAAGUAACCGGCUUUACAACAGAGGAGUGGCGUUGUCCAUAACCGUCUGUCAUCUGGCCUCUUGCACACAGCAGGUGCAGUGUCACCACCACACUGCUGAGGACAGAGCUAAACAGAACAUCCACAACAUUAUGGAACAUCCACACUAGGAGUCUUUGCCUGACCAACCAGAGGGAUGCGUCAUGUACAGGAAGAACCGUAUUAGGUGGCGACGACUCACAGCCCAAACUCCUCCAACUCCACAGUCUCAACCUGACAUUCGAACCCCUCCUGAACUGUCUACCCCCACACCACCCACCCACACACUAUGGCUUUAUGGAAGCUGUCAUCCCAGAAGCUGGGCUUCUUCCUGGUGAGCUUUGGCUUCAUAUGGGGCAUGAUGCUGCUCCAUUUCACCAUCCAGCAGAGGGUGACCCACGAGAGCAGUGCUCAGUUGCGCGUGCAGAUCCUGGACCUCAGCAAGCGCUACAUCAAAGCCCUGGCCGAGGAACACCAGGGUGUGAUGGACGGCCCCUACGUGGGCACCAUGACGGCCUACGACCUGAAGAAGACUCUGGCCGUGCUCCUGGAUAACAUCAUGGUCCGUCUGGCCAAGUUGGAGUCCAAGGUGGAAACCAUGAUCUACAACGGCUCCGCUGCCAACCUCACCAACGGCACAGCUGCACCUGCACCCAGUGCCGCCAAUGCUGAGAAGGUCAACGUGGCAGACCUGCUAAACGGCGCACAGGAGAAGUGUGAGCUGCCUGUGCUUGAUGGCUUCCCACAUUGUGAGAGCAAAAUGAAGUGGAUGAAGGACAUGUGGCGCUCAGACACCUGCUACGGCAACUAUGGAGUGGAUGGGACCUCCUGCUCCUUCUUCAUCUACCUGAGUGAGGUGGAGAACUGGUGCCCUCGUCUCCCCUGGAGAACUGCAAACCUUAACGAUGACUCUGACAAAAAAGGACAGUCGGAUAUCCGUACAAGCUUUGAGGAGCUCUAUCAUGUGAUGUCACGGCGGGAGGAGUUCCGCUGGAUGAUGAUGCGAAUCAAGCGCAUGGAGGAGCCGUGGGUGAACGCCGUGCGCUCGCUCGCCACCAAACAGGACCUGCAGACCCGCCGACGCAAGAAGAUCCUGGUACACCUGGGCCUGCUGACGAAAGAGUCCGGCUUUAAGAUAGCAGAGAACGCUUUCAGCGGCGGCCCACUAGGAGAACUGGUGCAGUGGAGCGACCUCAUCACCACCCUCUACCUGCUGGGCCAUGACAUCCGCAUCUCAGCCUCCAUCGCUGAGCUCAAAGAGAUCAUGAAGAAGGUGAUGGGUAAUAAGUCCAGCUGUCCAACCCAGGGAGACAAGGUGGUGGAGUUGAUCUAUAUCGACAUCGUUGGUCUUUCUCAGUUUAAGAAGACGCUGGGCCCUUCUUGGGUGCACUACCAGUGUAUGCUGCGAGUGCUAGACUCCUUUGGGACAGAGCCAGAGUUUAACCAUGCCCACUACGCCCAGUCCAAAGGUCACAAGACACCAUGGGGCAAAUGGAACCUCAACCCUCAGCAGUUCAACACCAUGUUCCCUCACACACCAGACAACAGCUUCCUGGGCUUUGUGGUUGAGCAGCACCUGAAUGCCAGUGACAUCAGACACAUUGAUGACAUCAAGCGACAGAACCAGUCUCUCGUCUAUGGGAAAGUGGACAACUUCUGGAAGGACAAGAAGAAGUACCUGGACAUCAUCCACUCGUACAUGGAGGUGCACGGCACUGUCCACGGCACCAGCACCGUGCACCUGCCCGACUACGUCAAAAACCAUGGCAUCCUUAGCGGAAGAGACCUGCAGUUCCUCCUGCGAGAGACCAAGUUGUUUGUGGGGCUGUCUUUCCCCUAUGAAGGCCCUGCCCCUCUGGAGGCUAUAGCCAAUGGCUGUGCAUUCCUGAACCCAAAAUUCAGUCCACCCAAAAGCAGCAAGAACACAGAUUUCUUCAAGGGCAAGCCCACUCUGAGAGAGCUAACUUCCCAGCACCCGUAUGCUGAGGUGUACGUUGGCCAGCCGCAUGUGUGGACUGUGGACAUCGACAACCCUUCAGAGGUGGAAAGAGCUCUCAGAGCUAUUGUUAGUCAGAAGAAUGAGCCGUAUCUACCCUACGAGUUCACCUGUGAAGGCAUGCUGCAGAGGGUCAACGCCUUCAUAGAGAAUCAGGAUUUCUGUCAUGGCCAGGUCAUGUGGCCACCCCUCUCGGCUCUGCAGGUGAGACUGGCUCCAGCAGGGAAGUCCUGUAAGCAGGUGUGUCAGGAAGAGCAGCUGAUCUGCGAGCCAUCCUUCUUCCAACACCUCAACAAAGACAAAGACCUGGCCAGAUUCGGCGUGGACUGCAGGACAGUGGAGAGCGCGGGGGACAUCGUGGUCCCUGCGUACAGCGAGUCUGCUCACCACUGUGUGCUGCAGGCCGACCUACUCCUGUUCAGCUGCGCAGGGGCCCACGGCUCACUGCAGAGGGUCUGCCCCUGCAGGGACUACAUGAAGGGCCAGGUGGCCCUGUGCAAGGACUGCUUAUAACACACACACACACACACACACACGCAUGCGCACUCGCCACACACUCGAGCAUUUCUUCUUGAACUCAUGAGUGUGGUGCAGUUCCCAUGAUUGUCUCCAGGAUGUGUAUGUCUGUGUGAUUGUCCAUGUAGUGAUAUGUUGCAGGUGGCAUUACACACAUGCACGCGCACGCGCACACAUCACACACACACACAUUCGCACACACAUAUGCAAUGCUGCCUGUUCCAGUGGUGGGAUAGGAGGCUGGUGCCUCAGAACUUUGUCUGUCCACACAGAAAGCUUGACCUCAUGCUACCUAAAUCCUUCAAGCAGCUAGUUACACCUGAACAUCACACCUCCUGAAGACCAUGGACGAGCAGGACAACAGGAUGAGCAUCACGUACCGAAGUACAUUUGCCAGACACCUGAAACACUUGCUCUUUUUUGUCAAUGCAUUUCUUUGAAGCAGAAAUGUGGCAAACGGCGCGAUAAACAGAUGCUGCUCAGUGAGUGACUGCCAGAGCUGAGGGUACGCUGGCCAACUCUGCCCAGAAUGAGUGCUCAGCACUGCCCAGAACUAUAAAGACAGCAGUGCGUCUCUUGUAAGAGCAAAAAACUGGCUCCCUAAUCCAAAUCCAGUCCUGGAUUUCACAAUCAUCGGUAGUUAGUGGAAUAGUUUGUAUAAAUCGUCAUCACACACACGUCAUCACACUUGCUUCUUUGGUGAAAGGAGGGGAGAUAAUCUACUAAUAUGUACAUGCGUGGCACACUUUCUGGUAUGACAGUUCUGAAAAUGAAAAUGUGUCGGGGGGGGGAGAGACCAUAACAGGUGAAACCAGAGAGAUGGAGAGGAACAGGAGAGAGGAAGAAGAGAGGAAACACUGAAUCACUGCUUUUUUAAUUUAAUCAUUUGAUUUUGUUUCCAACUCUUUUUGUGGAAAAAUUGAAAUGGCCUGAAAUACUUGAAGAGGCAUGCAGGGAAUCAGAACUCUUCACUGCCCCCUGUGUUCAUGGAGGUGAUACUGCAGUGUGGUCUCCUCUCUUUCUAUCUGUCUCCAUUUUUCCUACCUGCUGUCAUCACAGGACCAGUCAGCCCAGACAGGACUUAACCACCCCCCCCACCCCCAGGUCACUCAGGAAGGGGAUAUUACAGUGAACUCCCCUAUCUGUGGAGACAGCGUGGACAGAGGGCCAUCUAUGUUAGAGAGAGUUUUGAAACUGUCAGUGAUACUGCUGCAGCACUAUAAAACAACUGCCAGUAAAUAAUAUAUUGGUCACACACAAAACACACACACACGCACAGAAAGAGAGAGACUUCAGAAAGCAUACACAGACAGGUUCCUGCAUCACAGACAGGUUCGGCUAGACCCAGGGCAUGUAGGAAUGUCCUUCCUCUGGCCUUGAUCUGCACAUGGCUUUGUGCCCAUUGACAGAAUCAUGUUAAAAUUAGAUUAAUUAAAAAAAAAAAUGUUUUGGGGUAUAUUUCUGUAACACAUAUGGAAACCUGUACAUGUGUACAUAUUGUAGGCAAAGGAUCACCACUUUUACAUCCUUAUAAAACUCCCUUCUGUUGUUGAGGUUGUUUUUAACUUUUGUUCUGAACUCUGAGUUCCUCAUUCUCUUGCAAAGCAUAAAAAGCAUAAUAAACCUUUUGUUUUGUUUGGACUGAAAAUGCACUAUCUUAAUAUUUUAUUUACUGAUAACCUGUCACCAGAUAUAACAACACUGUACAAAUGUUAAAAAAUGUUGUUGUUGUUUUUUUUUUAAUUUAUUUUAUAUAUAGAACUUCUGUCUGGUUAUUUUUAUUUUUUAUUUAUAGAGAAAUGAUUUUUCUUUACAGAGGGAAAUAUUAUUUAUCAGAAUAAAGUCUGCUUAAAGUAUGCUUAAGUGCUUGUGGUCAUCCAGGAAAACAUCUGUACAUGACACUGAGGACAAAAUUGCACAAAAUACCUUUAACUUCUGUUAGGCUGCAGUUGGAAUUUGGUGGGCCAGUUGCCUGUAUUGUUUUUUAACCUUUGAAAGCUACUUUUAAAAUGUUGGUUUUCAGGAGGCCUCUAAAAUGACCUUUCAGAAUUGAUCCAGAGCACAUUGUAUGAUUUCAUACCCCACACACACACACUCGCACAGUUAGUUGGUGGUUGUUUUUCUGGACCCUCAGUGUCCCUGUCCUGAAUCAUGUCUCCACAUGUGGUCCAGAACAAGCCUCAGUUGAAGUUUUUUUCCACCUGAUGUCAGAUUUCUGUUUAUACAUUUGUAAAUAUAGGUGCGUCUUUCAGAGUUUUGACCUUAUUUCUAACUUAUUUUACUUCUGAGCUGGUGGUAAUUUUCUCUCUUUGUAUAUAACAUGGUCGCUAGCCAAACUGCUGUUUUCAGUUUUGUUCAUGAUGUGCCUUCUGAUGAUUAGUAGACACAUUAUUUGUGUCUAAAGAGAGAACGAGAGAAAUUAGUUGUGUAGUUAAAAGAAUGAUAGCUUGCAGUCAAUGCCGUUUAAUCAAAACAGCAAGAAUAGUUAAUAGUUGUGAAUAAAAUAGUUUUGCCAAACAUUUUGGUGGUGGUUUAAAAAAACCUUGAACAAUUAAAAUGUCUAGUUUAGUAUGGUCAUGAAGAUGUGUUUACAGCUCUGGAUAUACGAAAGGUUCCCUUGUGUAGAAGAGGUUUUGCGUUUGUGAGGCAAAUGCAACAAAUUAGCUUUGCUGUCUCUAGACAGUCCCUAAAGCUUCAUUAUGUUAGAAAGGCAUGGAGGUUAGUAAUAUUGUCACAGUAAGUAUUGUGUUGUUGGAAAUGUAUUCUAACAGUGCUCCUAAACUUGGGCCUUUUUUUGUUUUUGUUUUUUCUUUUUGGACAUGUGCUCACAUCAUGUGCUAACCUGUCACUCUUUAAUUUUCUCUAGAACAUUUUAUGUGGAUAAUGAUAGAAAAGAAUCUUAUUAGAGAACAUAGUGAAGGAGAAGAAAAACACGUUUCCUUUACAUUGUUUUUGAAUAAGCAGGAUAUAUCUUUAUUUUUCAAUAAACCUUUUUCUGUGACAACAGAAAUUUGUGUGAAUAUCUAUUUGUACUCCACUUUUGCAGUGUGUGUGUAUAACACCACAUUCUCACCACAUCCUGGUCCACUGGCCUGUUUACACUGGAGCAGACUUGUAGGGCCCCAUGCCAGUGUCUAUGCUAUGUCACGCUCUAAUGGGAAUCCAAACCAAGAUGCCAUCGGGCUGAUCCUGUACAGCCUGCCUGAGUGCUUUACAAUAGAAACAUCAGACAAUAUUCACAAAGAUCAAUUAGUCAUGUAGAAUAGUGUAAGUUUGAGCAGGCGAACUGGGUGGUGUGUCUGUCAGGGGCCCAAGAACGCAACAGUACUGCAGCACAAUAAAAUGUCCUCUACGAAAAUAAAAAUCUGCAAAAAUGAGUGAGACUCUAUUAGCUUGUACAGACAGCAGCCUAUACAGACAGGCAGUGUUUACACCGAAAAGCAAUGCAGUGUGUUACCGUUGGCAUAAAAUGCAGAACACUGUAUUGUACAAUGCUACUUAUCACUAGUGCACCUAUCUCCACUAAAUAUAUUUGCUACAUCAGACGCUUAAUUAAAAACUGGGAAAAGGUUCCAACUAAACAUUUAAAGAUCCAUUUUUAAAGGCUAAAAUUACAGCAGUUUACACUAAUACUUCAAUGAGGACCCUCCCAUCUAGGGUUGAGGUUCUUUCCAGUGUCUACUGCUGACGUUACAUCUUAGCCCUCGACUCUUAAAGGGACGUUCCACACGCUUGGAAGUCCAACCAUGUGUACAGUUCAGAAGAUUUUUGCUAAAACAUGCUGUUGCUAGACUAGCUAGGAGUAGUGGUCAUGUGACUUGAUUAUUCUCUAAUAAGCUUGUGAAUGUCAUCUUCAGUAGAAAGAACCUUUCUACUUUCCACUAACUACCUGAGAACCUGAGAGUUCUUCAGUAGUCUUCCAAACUCAUUCCACAUGGAAAGGUAGAAACUGCAUUAUGGGCUUUGCCAGGAACACACCUUAAAAAGUGUGUCAGAAAAAAUGCACUCUUUAACACAGUUCUCACAGCUCUCUAACACGCACAUCUCUUUAACACACAGCUGGAUAGUCACAUUACUGUACAGACACUUGUAUUCACUCCAUUUCUAUUAAAACUACAUUUCAGUAAGAGUUUCAGAUUACAAAAAAAAUUAAAAUCUUGCUUCUAAAUGGUCUAUAACACACAAAAGUACUGUUCUAAUAAAUAUGGCCAGCUACUAAUCCUAGUA